GCCGAAAUGUUCCUCCGAGCCGAGCGGACCGUCAGUCAGAAAGUCCGAACUUCCGGAGAUUAUUAUUAUUAUCAUUAUCAUUAUUAUUAUUAACUUGAAGAUCAUAGAAAUCUCUCCCUCUACCAGCAACGUCGCCUUUUGAGAUUCGGUUAUUUUACUUGCAGUAUUUUCGUCGCUGUCUCUCUUCCGCUGUAGACAUACGUAUACGUAUUCGGGACUACAACGAUGAGAGCCGCCGUCACAUCUGGCAGGCUGCUCCGACAGCUCUCCACCAGCAGCAGGGCAUCGCCAGCAACACUGACAGUACAACGGUCUCGAUUCCCGGGAGAUGUGCCUAACAACGUGUGUCUCCUAUGUCAGCAUUGGUCUGGAAGUGCUAGAAUUACGCGCCCGCAGGCCCAUCCUGAGCAAAUAGGGCGACGGUUUGCUUCCACAAGCAAAGACUCCGCCGCGACGCCCGCGUCCGAAUCAAACGCGGAUGGAGUUGAAGACAAUGACUCCGUGGCUGGCAUAAUGGCCGUUAGUCCGGACGUCUCCAACUACUAUAGCAUUUUCCCCAAGACUCUCCCGAACGGUCCGCCGCCCAACUCUCCUUUCGACAUCUCAGUUGCCGAUCUUCGUCGCGAAUUCCUUGCUCUCCAGAACCAGAUACACCCGGAUAAGCAUGCCCCUGGCCAUGCGAAGGAACGAGCAGAAGCCCUGUCUUCUCGCAUCAAUGAGGCGUACCGGACGCUGGCAGACCCGCUAGCGAGAGCACAAUAUAUCCUCGCCCAUUGGCACGGAAUCGACGUGAUGGCCGAGGACGGAUCGUCUCAACAUGCAUUGGAUCCGGAGAUGCUGAUGGAAGUGAUGGAUGUGCAGGAGACCAUCGAGGAAGUCGGGGCUGAUCCUCAGGCGGAAGCGGAGAUUGAGCGACUCAAGGGAGAAAAUAAUGCCCGACUGGAGGAGACGGUGAAGGCGUUAGGAGAAGCUUUCGACCACGGCGACAUAGAGGCGGCAAGGAAAGAAUGCGUUCGCCUCCGGUUCUGGUACAGCCUCGCACAAGCCCUGCGGGACUGGGAACCGGGCACAACGGAGCUUAGAAUCGUGCAUUGAGUUGAUGCGGAUUUAAAUACGAUUUAGAAGAUCGCUCCUCCAUCGAGUAUCAGCACCUUUUUUUUUUACCGUGAAAGGUGGCUGGGAUCAUGGACCUAUUGCUGAAUGAACGCAGCAUCGGUGGCUGGUGGUGAUCUGGAAGAAUUUUCUUAGAACCACGUAGUUAUAUAUAGCAUGUAUAUUAUGCCAUAUUUCGAUACAGAUCAGAAUUACUCUAAUAAUGGAUUCACCGUUUGAUCUAGAAGGCCACAGCGAACAGGCCA